UGAUAUUGAUACAUCCCAUCGAUAUCCUCUCUACCUCUCUACCACCUCACAGCACUGCCACCAUGUCCGUCCCAUACAAGAUCCAGGCCAGCGAGGACCUCCUCGUUGGUGGCAAGAAUGCUCAGAAGGCCAGCGAGAGAAUCCCCAUGAUUGCCCGCCCAUUCGUGUCGGACCGCGCGAAGCAGACUUUGGACCUCGUCGAGAAGUUCGUCGAAGAAGAGUGCAUUCCCGCCGAUACCGUAUACGCCCAGCAGAUCGGCCAGACCACAAUCGAGCGAUUUGCUGCCCAUCCGAGAGUCAUGGAGGAUCUCAAGAAGAGGGCGAAGGAGCUGGGACUAUGGAACAUGUUCUUGCCAAAGAACCACUUCAAGGAGGGUGCUGGCUUCAGCAACUUGGAGUACGGUCUGAUGGCCGAGUACCUGGGAAAGAGCCACACUGCCUCCGAGGCCACAAACUGCGCGGCGCCAGACACUGGUAACAUGGAGGUGUUCGCAAAGUACGGAACCCAGAAGCAAAAGGACAGAUGGCUCAAGCCGUUGUUGGAGGGCAAGAUCCGCAGUGCUUUCCUCAUGACCGAGCCCGAUGUCGCCUCCUCCGACGCCACCAACAUCGCCCUCUCCAUGAGGCGCGAGGGUAACGAGUACGUACUCAACGGCUCCAAGUGGUGGUCUUCCGGCGCCGGAGAUGUUCGCUGCCAGAUCUACAUCGUUAUGGCCAAGUCCGACCCAACCAACGCCAGCGUCUACAAGCAGCAAUCCGUCGUCUUCGUGCCUCAUGACACCCCUGGCAUCACCAUCCACCGCAUGUUGGGUGUCUUCGGCUACGACGAUGCUCCUCACGGACACGGCCACAUCACCUUCAACAACGUCCGCGUACCUGUAGAGAACAUCUGCCUCGGCGAGGGCCGCGGUUUCGAGGUCAUCCAGGGUCGUCUCGGUCCCGGCCGCAUCCACCACGCCAUGCGUAACAUCGGUGUGGCCGAGAAGGCUCUCGAGUACACCCUCGCCCGCCUCAACGACCCACGCAAGACACCCUUCGGCAAGCAGCUUCACGAGCACGGCGUGAUGCUCACUCGCGUGGCUGACGCCCGCGUCAACAUCGACGCCGCUCGUCUCCAAGUGCUCAAUGCCGCGCUCAUGAUCGACACCAAGGACGCCAAAUUCGCGCUCAAGGAGAUCGCCGAGGCCAAGAUCCUCAUCCCCAGAAUCACCCUCAAGAUCGUCGAUGAUGCCAUUCAGGCAUACGGUGGUGCCGGUGUGUCCCAGGAGACGCCGCUUGCCAACAUGUACGCGCACGCUCGCACAAUGAGGAUCGUUGACGGACCUGAUGAGGUUCACUUGCUCCAAUUGGGCAGGAACGAGAACAAGAGGGGCAAGGACUGCCUGGCGAAGAUUGAGGCGCAGAAGGCCAAGGCUGCAGAGAUGUGCAGAGCGUAUGGAAUGGAGAACAGGGACAUUCUGCAGUUGGACAGGCAGGCGAGCAAGGCCAAGCUUUAGAUGUGUUGAUGAUGUCUUUAGCUAUGUAACACAAAAUGAUACUGUUC